UUCCCCAACCAAAUGUGACUUGGACACUACAAGUUUUGUGUUUUCCCCCUGCAUGGAAUAGUUUUACUUGAGAAACAGCAAUGUUUCUAGAUGUUCAAGAAUAUCCUUUUCUAAGAUAUUAACCACUAGAGGAGAGCUUUCAUAUCUUCCUAAGCUGUUUUUUGGUGGACGUGGGGUGGCUUUUUGUUUGGUUGGUUGUUCGGGGUUUUUUAAUGGCAUGUACUAUAUAACCCAAACAAUUCUAAGAUUCUAUGAUCUUGAUUGUUUUCCUUUUUAAGACUUUGAUGACAGAACUUGUGAAAGGUUGUCUAGUGGGAAUCAUGUUAGAAUCUGUUUCUCUGCAAAGCUGCAAUAAUGAUUUCCAGUUUCAGGAAGGACUAACCACACUUCCAAAGGCAAAUCCUGAUGCACCGCAGUACUGUUCACCAGCAGUCUUACUCCUAAUCGAGGGUGGGUAUGUAGAAGGGAUGUAGAAUAGUGUGCUUCCAAUCACAGAAUCACAGAGUGGUUUGGACUGGAAGGGACCUUAAAGCUCAUCCGGUUCCAACCCCCUGCCACGGGCAGGGACACCUUCCACUAGAGCAGGUUGCUCCAAGCCCCUGUGUCCAACCUGGCCUUGAACACUGCCAGGGAUGGGGCAGCCACAGCUUCUCUGGGCACCCUGUGCCGGCGCCUCAGCACCCUCACAGGGAAGAGCUUCUGCCUCAGAGCUCAUCUCGGUCUCUCCCGCCAGGUUAAAGCCGUUCCCCCUCGCCAAAGCCCCUCUCCCCGGCCCCGCCCCCGGUCGCGCUGCGCGGCGUUGCAGCGCCCCCUGGCGGGCGCGGCGCGCCCCGUCUCUGCGGCGCAUGGGGCGGCUCAGGGCGGGCAGCGCUCGGCGGUCCCGGCGGGGCAGCGCCACCGCCAGCCCCCCCGCGGGCUCGGCCCGCCGCGGCCGAAAGAAGGCGGCGGCCGGCGCCCCGGCCAGUCCGGGGGCGCAGGAACAGUCCCCAGCGCCCGGAGACUUCGAUCUCGGGGCGCAGCGCGGGCGCUGGGCCGCCUUCCAGGAGAGGCACCGGCUGAGCUGCGAGGAAGCGGCGCGGCUGCUGCUGGACGCCUUUGAAUACCGAGGCUUGGUCAAGCACACUGGAGGCUGUCACUGCGGGGCUGUCCGCUUCGAGGUCUGGGCUUCAGCAGAUCUGCAUAUUUUCAACUGCAAUUGCAGCAUUUGCACAAAGAAACAGAACAGACACUUCAUUGUCCCAGCAUCACGCUUCAAGCUGCUGAAGGGUGCUGAUAAUUUGACAACAUACACCUUCAACACCCAUCGUGCUCAGCACACAUUCUGCAAGACCUGUGGUGUACAGAGCUUUUAUACUCCUCGUUCUAAUCCAGAUGGUUAUGGAAUAGCUCCCCAUUGUCUGGACGAGGGCACCGUGCAGACCAUUGUCACAGAGGAUAUCAAUGGCAAGGAAUGGGAGAAGGCAGUGAAGGAACACAAGACCAUCAGAGACAUGUCAAAACCCUGACGCACUCUUCCAGCAGCUGAUGUUGGGGCACUGCUGUGGAACUGUAGCCUGGGCUUUCCUGGGUGAGGGUUGGCAAAAUCCAUCUCUACAUUAUUGCUAUCUGUUCUCUGUUUCUUAAAUAAAUCUUUCUGUGCUGCCUGUCCCAUUCAGUUGUGACUUGCAAUUUCCAAACAACUUCCUUUCCAUAAAGUACCCAGGGCUGCUAUUUUGAUACUUUACCCUUAGCUGUGCUGAAGUUAAAUCAUAAUAAACAGAGCAAAGUACAAAAAGACAAA